AAAUAGUCUUACAUGUUGUGGCCCACAAUCAGCGAGAAAUUCCAAUUGAAGGAACACCAAUUGACUUUAUGAAUCUUUAUUGUGAUGCUUGGAAUGUUGACCCAUCACAGCGUCCUACCAUUUCUGAAAUCCGUAAUAAGCUAGAUAAUAUAGGAACAGAAGCUGUUGACAGUGUUCACUACAAUGAACACAAUAAACAUAAUAUUAAUAUUAGUAAUGAUAAGGUCAUAGAAAACGUGAUUUCAAUUGGUUAG